AAUUAUCUGAACUUUAUUUUCGGUGCAGUAAACUAUUUAGAAUCAGAAUUAUUUAAAAAUUUACAAAUGAUUCUAAAUAGCUACAAUAUGUGAAACAAAUUACACUAAAAAAUUCUCUCAAAUACUAAAAACAGAUAAAAAAUCUACCGAAACAAACACAAAAUAAUAGUAAGGACUAAAACUAAACCCAACAUGGAAGGUUUGGAUAAGGUAUUAAUUACCUAUUGUAUAAUCAAAUUCAAAACCCCACGCGCUUCAAAUGCGCGUGAUCUAGGAUAUUCCUAAAGAACAGCCGAAUCUAAAUUUUCACGAACAUAUAAGAACCAUACAAAAUAAUCAUCUGAUUCUCCAAACCCAAAAAUAAACCAAAGUUUUCUCCUUUACCAUGAUUUUAGCCCACAUUCGAUUCAAUCAUACCAUAACACUAAUCAAUCAACACAUUUGAUUCAAUCACUCUCUCUUUCUUUCUCAGACCUCUCGGCUAGUCGGUUGAAAACCGAUAAAGAUUCAAUCUUUAAGCCAUUUCUUUCAAAUUCUGAUAAUCACAUUGACCAUUGAAGAAAAGGGGUGUUAGUAAAAAUCCUUACUUUUUGAUUUUUCCGGCAUACCCAGAUGGAGAAAGAGCCAUUGUUGCCUUAUGUGAGGAGGUGGCCACCACCACCACCACCACCACCGCUGACCCAUUUAUGUACUCUCCCUGAAAACAAUGAAAUCCAUCUCCCAUUAACCCCUUCUGAGCUUAAAGACCGUUUAAUCUUUGGUCCACCUUCUUCUCCACAAGAAUCAUCCCCAAUACUUGAUGCUUUAAACCUUUCCUUAAACUCAUCAAAAACCUCUCCUUCUUCUUCUUCCACAACUCUCUCUCUUGACCCAACUAGCCCACCUUCAUCUUCUUGGCUUGUAGACCCAAAUUACCCAUCUUGGAACAAAACCAAUCUUCAUAGAUCAAGAACAGCACCAGCUAUGGCUGUCAUAAAUGACAACAAUCACCACCCUGUAGUUUCCAAGCCUCAAUUUGGUACCCCAUCUAUUGUAAGACAAGGUUUCAUUCUUCUAUUAGUGUAUUUAUCUUUUGGGGUUUUGAUUUACUCUUUGAAUAAGGAAAAAUUUGUGGCUAAAGAAACUCACCCUGUUGUGGAUGCUUUGUACUUUUGUAUUGUAACAAUGUGUACAAUUGGUUAUGGUGAUAUCACUCCUAAUAGUACUGCAACUAAGCUUUUUUCUGUUCUUUUUGUGUUGGUUGGUUUUGGUUUUGUUGAUAUUUUGCUUAGUGGGAUGGUUAGUUAUGUUCUUGAUUUACAAGAGGGUUAUUUACUUAAAAGUGUUAAGGGUGUUAAAGGUGUUGGUGAGAAGAAAAAAGAGAAUGCUAGAUCAUAUAUAAUUGAUUUCAAGAAAGGGAGAAUGAGGAUUAGAAUGAAAGUUGCUUUAGCAUUAGGUGUUGUUGUUCUUUGUAUUGGUUUAGGAGUUGGUGUUAUGCAUUUUGUGGAGAAACUUGGGUGGUUGGAUUCUUUUUAUCUUUCAGUUAUGUCAGUUACUACUGUUGGGUAUGGAGAUAGGGCAUUCAACUCAAUGACUGGUCGAAUUUUCGCCUCGGUUUGGUUGCUUGUCUCGACGCUCGCCGUUGCUAGAGCUUUUCUUUAUUUGGCUGAAGCAAGAGUGGAUAAAAGACAUAGGAGAAUGGCAAAGUGGAUUCUUGGUCAAGACAUGACUAUCUCUGAGUUUCUUGCUGCUGAUAUUGACAACAAUGGUUUUGUUAGUAAAUCAGAAUUUGUCAUAUACAAACUGAAGGAAAUGGGGAAGAUAUCAGAGAAAGAUAUCUUGUUGAUCUGCAACAAGUUUGAUAUGCUCGAUACCGGAAACUGCGGAAAGAUUACUCUUGCAGAUCUCAUGGACAGUCAUCACUAAUCACUACUAACAUUUUUUUUCUUUCUUUCUUUCAAAUUUAUGUUUUGUUUCCUAUCCAUCAAGCUCGUUUUCGUCUGCGAAAUUUGAGGUUUAUGAAAGAAAAUUGCCACGUGAUCAUCGGGUGAUUGCAGCAUGAUCAGAAUAAACAAUUGAUGAAAGUGUUUUUUCUGAUUGGGGAUUUUGUACAAAGUUUUGACUUUAUAGAUCGCGUUUUUGAAUCUAACUUAAGUGGUUGGAUGCGUGAAUGAGUGACUAACUAUUUCGUUAUAGCGUAGUCGAAUAAGAAGAAAAGAAAAUUAGUUCAUUUAUCAUUUCUUGAGUAUAAAAAUUACAUUUUGAAUUGAACAGAUGAAUUUUUUUUCAUAAGAAUUGUUAAAAAUUAAUCUUCCUAUCCCAUUCUUGUCAAUGUAAAUGUAAAUUUCAAGUUCUCAAUAUAUGUGUAUGUAAAUAUAUGUUUGUUAUAAUCAUUACUAUAUGUUUUCCCAAA